CUUGCUUUCAAAGAAGCCCACCAUCAUACAAACACACUUUUGUUUUCAACAAAACCCUUAAACCGCAAAAGCAAAGUAACUAUAUCAAAUCCGCCGCUGCAUCUUUGAUCUCGACUAACCAGCCGCUAAUCUCAGGUGAAUUUGGUCGUCCGACGCAAGAAAACCUCACCAGAUACUUAUUUUGAAGACUUUAAGAUGUUGACUAUUGAUACUACUCGAAAGAUAUCAUUUAAUCGAUUGAUUAGUAAUGGCGAUUUGGUAAUUGUGUACGAAAGACAUGACAACAUGAAAGCGGUAACGGUAUCCGAGGGAUCAGUUUUGCAGAAUAGGUUUGGUGUUUUUAAACAUUCAGACUGGAUAGGAAAGUCAUUUGGGUCCAAAGUAUUCAGCAAUAAGGGUGGUUUUGUUUAUUUGUUAGCUCCUACACCUGAAUUAUGGACUUUAGUUUUAAGUCACAGGACGCAGAUUCUAUAUAUUGCAGAUAUUAGCUUUGUUGUUAUGUAUCUGGAGAUUGUUCCCGGUUGCGUUGUUCUUGAAUCUGGCACUGGAAGCGGUUCUCUAUCUACUUCACUUGCUAGGGCAGUUGCUCCUAAAGGACAUGUUUAUACAUUUGAUUUCCACGAACAAAGGGCUGGAUCUGCUAGAGAUGAUUUUGAGAGGAUUGGUCUAAGCAGCUUAGUCACAGUGGGACUGAGGGACAUUCAAGGCGAGGGUUUUCCUGAAGAAUUUGUUGGCUUGGCUGAUGCAGUUUUUUUGGAUCUACCUCAACCUUGGCUAGCUAUUCCUUCAGCUGCAAAAAUGUUAAGACAUGAUGGAACAUUGUGCUCUUUCUCCCCGUGUAUUGAACAAGUUCAACGAUCAUGUGAAACACUUCAAUCCAACUUCACCGAUAUAAGGACUUUUGAGGUACUCCUACGGACAUAUGAAGUUCGAGAAGUGAAAACAGAAAGCUCAGAGAUUAAUGGUAAUGGUGGCUCUAAUGUUUCACUUCCUUGCAAGAGGAGACAUGGUUCAGAUGGAGCUAAUGUUGUUAGCUAUCCUAAUUCUUCUGUUAUGGCUAGACCUUGUGGUGAAGCUAGAGGUCACACAGGUUAUUUGACAUUUGCAAGACUUCAAUGUCUUUCAUGAAGAUUGUUCUUGUAGUUGUAUGAUCUAUUCAAUUGAAACCUUAUACAACAGUUAUUUUGUGCUUCAUUUAUAAUUUAGAAUUUUUGAGACA